AUGUCAAGAGGGGAAAUCUUGAAGGUCCAGUGUUUGGGAGGUGGACCGAUACUAAAAUGGAAGGAGCGCGACUGGAGGUCAGCGACUGAAGGAAGGUACCGUUCGUACACUGUCUGCUGCGUCAAAAGCAGCAAAGGUUUAAGGUGCGACGAGGCUGAGAGUGGAUUACAUAGAGACCGUCAAAUCGCCAGGUCAGUUGCCCGGCGACCCUCAACGAAAGGCAUUGAUGGGACGAAAAACGGGGCGUCCACGACACUCAGCAUUCUGUCCCACGGCAGGCCGCCCACAGUCACCGUCGAGGGUAGCAACCUGGGUACGACAAGGAGCGUCCACCAAAUCUCCAAAAUGGAACUGAAUUUGUCUUUCGACUUCCCCACUCCGGGAAGCUCUUCCCAGGAAGACAGCUUCGACGAUGAGGUUGAUGACGACAUGCUGGAAUUCAUUGAUGAUGAGUUCGACCAGGCCCCCGAGAACCUCGAGUUGUUUCCGGGCUUCAACCAGGGAGUCAACCAGCCUGGUGAGUUUUAUCACCCUGGAUCCAACCAGCCCAACCUACACCACCCCGCGGCUAUCAGUGAAGCCGGCAUUCCCGCAGUCGACCACCCUGACUUGCCGGCCGCCAAUGGCUACGCCCACGAGGGCAAGACCGUCGAAGAUAUGAUGGAUGAAGACAACGAUGGAGUUUAUCAGGGCUACAUCACGUCGCAUGAGCACGCGGCCCAGCUGGAGGCCGAGUACCAGUUUAUCACAGUUGCAAAGGUCGCUUCAAGCAUUAAGCCGGAAUCACUCCUCGACAUCCCUCGCACCGAAGAGGCACGUGCCAACUGGCGUGAGAGAAUCUUCUACGCGAUUACCGACUUUGACAACGUGGUCAACAAGGACCGCAAGAAAGUCGUCAAGGACAAAGAGGGCAACCGUGUCGAUAAAGGCACGGUAGUGAACACCCACGUCCGCCGCGUCCGCAACUUGUGCGGUUUCGAGAAUGAGCUCAUGGCCGACAAGAUCUUGAACUGGGCCGUCGAAGCACACCAAGGCAGGGUCGGCAUCCCGCCGUGGUGCGAAAAGCGCUCCUGGAAUUUGGAGCAAUUUCCAACUUUCAACGCCCGCAUGGAAGCCAUCCUCGAGGCGUUGCGUACAAACAAGAGUGUGCCACACUCAUAUGUCCAGGUCGACCCCACUAGGAGGUUCGUUGCCGCUCCCAUGCGGGAGGUCCGUGUCAAGCAGGAUAACAUGGAUGGCAACGAAAAGAAGGGAGGUCUGAUCGACGAGGGAUGGCAGGCAAGGCAGAAGGAGCCUCAGGGUAACUGA